GUAACUGUCAAAGCUCUUGAGGGUCACAAAACAUUCAGCAGAGGAAUCUGGAUGUCACCACUACUAAAAUGACAGUGUGUAGGUGUAUAUGUGAUAUUUCUCAGUAGAUCAGACUAUUACAUAACUCAAAAUACCUACUUACUCGGCCAGUGAGCACACCUGUGGGUUCCUUCUCCCUGGGCCUGAGCUACAGAACCGAUUAAUGUUGGUCAUUCCUUAUUUAACUUCUUGCUUUUCUUACUAAUUUUUGGGCCAGGACUUUCACACUUCUGUUAUGAAUUUCUCUUUGACAAGAACUGAAGAGUACAUUACAACAACCUUAGAACAUGAUUGGGGUCCCUUUCUGUUUAGUGUUAGGGUAAACAGGGUAUCAUGAACUAGCUGGUGGAAGGCCCUGUGAUUCCCGAUGGCCAAGACGCUGGGACCUGGGUGUCUUCAAUGGUUUCCCCAAGGUAUUUUCAGCUGCAAGGGAAAGGCCAGGAAAGCGAAGCAAACAAACGUCCUGGCAAGCAGACAGAUUGGGAAAGAGUACACAGGUAAGCAACCAGAUGGCAAACUCCUGGCUUCAUCACCCAGAACUAAGAUCCACUCCACCAUGGCAGGGACGCCCUUCUGGCUCACCAGAGCAUCCUUUAGUUUGGAUGAAGCCAUAAGCCUGUCAACCCCCUCCCCUUUAAGUCGACCAAUCAGAAAUGAUGGGAGGAAGACAAGACUCACCCCACCACAGCCUAGAGGAUCUGACAAUCGGCGCACUCUGCGGUGUGUGAGUGAGUGCUUCUUUGUAACAGAGAUCGCUGCCUGCUGUGCCUGAGAUUCUUCCUGCCUUGUUCGGUCCUGUACAGCUGGGGAAACGAACCUAGUCAAGACCCCUUACAAGAUACCAGUUAAGUACAGGUAUCUGGGUUCAAAACCCUCAGCUGGGAAUUUCUCACUUGUCCUGAACUUCACUUACCAAGAAAAUUGCCGCACAAAGGAUUGUGGACGAGUGAAACGACCGAAUUUCCUCUAAAGGGGGUUGAAGAUUCUAUACUUUCUUGAUUGGGCUAUUUUCACGUUUGGAAGGGCGAUAUAGGAGACCCCUGUAGCCGCUGCUCACUCCUUUAUAUUCUAAGCGAGAACCGGGACAGAGGAAAAGCACCCAAGAAGGCACUCACGAGCGAAAAGGCAAACAUUGGCGUGACCCUUCGUUAUGGAAGUUAACUGACAACAGGAAGGAAGCUAUUAACCUCGCUCCUCUCCUCCUCUCGCCCUAGUGACAGCCAGCAACUCCUCCUCCCAGGCUGAGACCUUGGAGCAAAAAUGCAAAGGAGCGCCUGGCUGCCUCAACUCUGCGCUUCUCUCCCUAGGGAAGAAGAGGCAAGAGAGGAGGGCGCAGCCUGAAGCCAAGUUCAGUCUGUUUGUGACUCGAGCCUGAUCGUCCAGAAUAGGUUCCCGGGACUCCAGUAUCUUCCUUUUGGCUGCGCAAGGCAGAUACCCCUUUGACAAGUUUGGUUCACCCCCUCUCACCCCAAGUUUGAGCGCGGUCCGCAGGUGGUGCAAGCGCCCCAGCUCUCCGGCGCCCUCUGCUGGCGAGAGGGGAAGGCGGCCGCGGCCGCGGAGCCUCCCUGGGUACAGCGCAGGGAGAGAGCUCGGGCGCCGAGAAGAAGCUGCGAGCUUCCCCGAUGGUGCCGCCGCCUCCUCCGAGCCGGGGAGGAGCAGCCAAGGGGCAGCUGGGCAAGAGCCUGGGGCCGCUGCUGCUACUCCUGGCGCUGGGACACACGUGGACCUACCGAGAGGAACCCGAGGACCGCGACAGAGAAGUGUGCUCAGAAAACAAGAUCACCACGACCAAAUACCCGUGUCUGAAGUCUUCGGGCGAACUCACCACGUGCUUCAGGAAAAAAUGCUGCAAAGGAUAUAAAUUUGUUCUUGGACAGUGUAUUCCAGAAGAUUAUGAUAUUUGUGCCCAAGCUCCCUGUGAACAGCAGUGCACGGAUAACUUCGGCCGUGUACUAUGCACAUGCUACCCAGGGUACCGAUAUGACCGCGAGAGACACCAAAAGCGGGAGAAGCCGUACUGCCUGGAUAUCGAUGAAUGUGCCACCAGCAACACCACUCUGUGUGCACAUACCUGUAUCAACACCAUGGGCAGCUACCACUGUGAGUGUCGGGAAGGCUACAUCCUUGAGGACGAUGGGAGGACCUGCACAAGAGGAGACAAAUACCCCAACGACACUGGGCAUGAGGAGAAGUCCGAGAAUGAGGUGAAAGCCGGGACCUGCUGCGCCACAUGCAAGGAGUUCUCCCAGAUGAAGCAGACGGUACUGCAGCUGAAGCAGAAGAUUGCUCUGUUCCCCAACAAUGCUGCUGAACUGGGCAAGUAUGUCAACGGUGGCAAGGUGCUGGCCUCAAACACCUACCUUCCAGGACCUCCUGGCCUGCCUGGGGGGCAGGGCCCGCCUGGCUCACCAGGACCCAAGGGGAGCCCCGGAUUUCCCGGUAUGCCAGGCCCUCCUGGACAGCCAGGCCCACGGGGUUCAAUGGGACCUAUGGGACCAUCCCCUGACCUAUCUCAUAUUAAGCAAGGCCGGAGGGGCCCUGUGGGUCCACCAGGAGCACCAGGAAGACAUGGCUCCAAGGGAGAGAGAGGAGCACCUGGGCCCCCAGGGUCUCCGGGACCCCCGGGUUCUUUCGACUUCCUGCUGCUUGUGCUGGCCGACAUUCGAAAUGACAUCGCGGAGCUGCAGGAGAAGGUGUUCGGACACCGGACUCACUCUUCUGCCGAGGACUUCCCCCUUCCUCAGGAAUUCUCCAGCUACCCAGAGACGCUGGACUUUGGGUCUGGAGAUGACUACUCCAGAAGAACUGAAACAAGGGACUCCGAGGCCCCAAGAAACUUUUAUCCAUAGCACAUUCAUAUCUUCACGCCACUAGAAGAGAAGCAUGCCUUCGGCCUUCCCUUACUCUGUUGCCAAACCCUGUUUUCCAAGUUUCCUGCGGAUCACACUAGCAGUGGGAGGAUGUGAUGGGUUAACCUGCUGUUCUUGAAGAACCAAUAGGUGGUUGACAUCAGGGCUUUCUUUGACAUCCUAGUGUUUCAAGAGCUUUUAGAUUUCUGAGUUCAUCGCUCCCACAGAAUCUUAAACUUUGGCAGAGUGCAGAAGAGGGGGGAAUAGCAAUGAGGGUUCUUAGAAGUGUAAGGUUCCUUCUAAAAAGAAAAUUAUGCUCAAAUAUUUGACUAUUCAUUCUCUACUGUCAGGAGUAAGGCUUUUCAUUUGUGGGGAGAGGAGCGUGGAACUGUGGAGAAUGACAUUGGUAGGACAUGACUUUCCUUAUCAAUGUCACAGAUUUUGAAUUCUGCAUCCUAUUUCCCAGCUUGAUGUUUAUUUGUUUGUUUGUCUUUAAAUUUGGUUACAGAAAUUAGAAACUGGAAAGAAUAUGUUCAGAGAGAUAGAGAAAUAGCCUUAUAUUUCUUGUCACAUGGGUUGCCACAAUUUAAAAUUCAGAUUCGACAAUCAUCGAUUCGCGCAAAUCCUACAUGGAAAUGGCAGCUCCUUUGUUUGUAGGGCUGGAUCGUGUUUUCUAGGGGCCUUGGGUGAUGAAACACCCUAUACAACAGAGAGCUCCUGGAGGCCAGGACAGUUGAAGGCUUUUUGGUCAAAAGAAUUGUCCCCCUCUAUACAUGUUGAUGAUUUGUGGAAUAAGAUGACUGACUUCGAAAAGUGCGAGAUGCCCUGGCACUGACAAGGUGACCAGACCUGCCAGCAGGCCCUGAUCCAGGCUGCAUCAAGGCUGGAGGGAAGUUACUGGCCUGGAAUCUUGGCCAAGGAUAGCAGGGGGUGGGGGGAACAUUGAGAGGUGCUUCAUUAAAACCAGAUCACCAGGGACAGAUUAAUCUGCUCUUAAGAAACUUGAAGUCCUCAUCGAGGGUCAGCCAAGCUUUUCCACUUGGACUAACGCACAUCAGAGCGGUUGGUCCCUGAGAUAGAGAAGGAGGAGAAGGUUUUGCUAACUUGUAAUAGUUUUCCACUAUUUCCCCCUGAUUUGGUUAAGAUCCCUGUUCUAGGUCUUCUUGACUUUUUGUCUUGGGCCAGGUGGAAAUGGCUUGGGGACAAGCACAUUUCCCAAUGUCUCCCUGAGUCCUUUCUUGGAGUACUUCUGGAUCCCCAGGGAAUCAUGUUCCCAGACAGGAGCAAGAGGCCAGCAGGUUGCUUCUUGGUGUCUCUGAGUCCUUGUUUUGGGGAUUGGCUACCAGGUUCCUUAGUGAACACUCUCUCCUUGGGUGUGUGGCAUGCUCCUUGAUCUUGCUUGCAUGGUCACCCCCACCAGGGUCUCUGUUUGCUAUCCUGCAGUGUUCCCUUAGAUUUCUCCUCAGAAGUUUGCAUUUGCAUUUGUCUUUUCCCUAUAUCACUUAAGCUUCCAUCUUCUCCCCACUCCUACUGUGACAGCUUGUUGGAAGAAAACUGUUAUUUGGUUUGCACAGCACUGUACCAUCUACUCUGCUUUCUGAGCAAUGAGAAGGGUCUCUGUCUACAGAGCCAGCCGGAGCCUAGUGGUCUCUCACUUCCCUUCCCCCUAGCUCCCUCCCCUCUCAUCCCUGUCUCCUGGUUCUCUUCCCUUCCCUUUCUUUUC